GUUUGCAAACACGAUACAUUCCUUCUCCAGUGCCGGAGCUGUGCCGAGGAGCAGAGGAGGAGACGUGAGAGCAGCAGAGGGAGGGGCCACCUCAACCAAGAAUCACUCAUAACUCACUUGGAUGGAUUUAAGCAUGUCAUCCCGGACAUAGGUAGACUACGGGCUAUGUUGUGUUCAUGUGACGUGUGGUGGGAGGCAGUGAGGUAAACGUCCGGAUACACACACACACACACACACACACACACACACACACACACACACAAACACACGGGCUGAACGGGAUGCCCGCGUGACUGCAGGGAGGAAAGAGGCGGCGGAGGAGGAGAAGGAGGAGGAGGAAGGGGGGUCUAGGUGCGUGUGUGGACCACCGCAAAACCCCCGAGGUGGAGUUGUCAAAGAUCAAAACCUGUACGGAGAAAUUAAUUCCAGCCCGGCUGCUAUUUUUGGUGCAGUUUGAAAAUCGAUGGAGGAUAUUUAUUUCCUGUCCACGUCGAGGUAAUUAGUCUCGCUUCCCGAACGCACCGAUGUGAUCUUGGGGCUUUGAUCUCCACACCGUCUUCUUUCUUUUUGCCGUGACAGCAUGAGGACCUAACAUAAGGUCGCGGGAGGGGAGCGCACAUGUUCGGAUGUUGCUCCUCCUGAUUGGACACACGGACUGACCGGCUCGUGUCAUCUCUGCUGGGGGUGAAACAGCGAGCUGCUUUUCUUUGGGAUGCUUUAAAAUCUGCGGCCUGCUCUGGUCUCCAGUUACCGCAAUGCCACUGGCGAGAGGAGGGAGAGGUGGAAGGCAGAGGAUGGAGAGGAGGGAGCAGCAUAAAGCAAAUGAGUUUAUCAGUGAUGUGUAGAUUGCAGCAUAUAAAUAGUGUGGUUGUGUUUUAAUCAGAGAAUGGUAUAGGCUGUAUAGGUGAUAGUGGCCUGUGAAGUGCAUGGGAUGAAACAGACACUGUAUUGACUGAAGCUAUCUUAGUAUCAUGGCUGAAACGUCAUAUGAGGUGAGUACGGUGGCUGCGAGUGUGUAGUGGCUGCUCAAUUCUCAACUUUCUGCUGACAAAGUUCUUGGACUCACUCACCGGACUAUAGUGCGCACCAUGGGGCAUUGCGCAGAACCUAUGGCACCUGCCAGUGGAGAGCUUGGUGCAUAACUGUGACAGAGUGGAGCUCUGAAGCCAGCAUUUAUGUCUCUCCCUCUUCUCCACGCCCGCACGUCUACCCACACAGCUGAACUUUAUUUGAUGAGCCCAGUGUAAGCGUGAAAGCUCUCCCAGCCUCCUCCGCACACACCGACGAGCCUGACAUGCCUUCGCCAUCGGACUCCAGCAGCGUGGCUUCGGCCUCGGGGUCUCGGGGCUGGUCGGACAGCCGCAGGGGCAUGUCGGGCCGGGGGCCUGGUGGGGCACGGUUACUCCUGUACCUGGGGCUUUGCCACCUGGGCCUUGGAGCCAUGGUUCUGGCCUUCUCCUUCACCAGCAUGGCCUUCACCUCCUCAGCCCGUGUGAGGCAGUCCUGUCCAUUCUGGGCUGGCUUCUUUGUGGUGGCAUCAGGGAUAGUUGGAAUAAUCUCAUGGAGGAGACCUCUGACGCUGGUGGUGUCACUGUUCAUGUUGCUGUCUGCGGUGUGUGUGAUCCUCAGCCUGGCCGGCUCCAUGCUCUCCUGUCAGAACGCGCAGAUGGUCAAGUCUAUGCUCACCUGCCAGGUGGAGAAUGGUGUGUGCGUGUGCUGCGCGCCCACUCACUCCUGCUCCAUCACAGAAGAGGAGACCCUGGUGCUCUACCUGAAUGCUGACUGUCACUCAGUCAGGCAUCAGCUGAAGGACCUUCUGUUCAGUGCAUGCGGUCUCAGCAUUCUCUCCACCAUCAUCUGUACUCUGUCCACUGUGACGUGCAGCAUCCACAUAUUCUCCCUGGACCUCGUGCACCUGCUGGCCCCGCAUCGCUCUCGUUCAGUCAACCCAGAAUGCACCACUCCUCAGGACGCCUUCCUGACCAACAUCAUGGACUUUGAGGAGUUUGUCCCACCCAUCCCUCCGCCCCCGUACUAUCCUCCUGAGUACACCUGCAGCUCUGAAACAGACGCUCAGAGCAUCACUUACAAUGGCUCCAUGGAGAGCCCUGUUCCUCUCUACCCCACCGACUGCCCUCCUCCGUAUGAGGCUGUGAUGGGACAAAGAGCUGCAAGCCAGGCAACAGUGUUUGAUCCCCAUGGCACUGAGCUGUCUGGAGAGAGAGGGACUUCAACUGCCUUCAGUGGAGAAGUGUCCAUGGACAGUGGAUCUCUGCUGAUGUCAGAGAUUGUGGACAUCCCUGAUGAUUCCUCCCCCUCUGAGGACUCCUGUCUGAUGGAGGUCGGGCUGAGGACUCAGGGGGACAGGGGCAACAGGAACGCUGGCGAGGGGGGAGACGGAGGAGACAGUGGGGAGUACAUCAGCUUUCGUGGUCCCCCGUCUCAGACGCCAGAGAGUCCUCUGGCAGGAGGACCGAGAGCCAGGCGCUUCAUCAGAGGAGAGCGGUCCAACUCGUGCUCUUCGCCCAGCACGGCAACCACCACAUACAGGUCUCCAGUAUUGCGUCGCCAGGCCAUGCUUGCUAGUAGCUGUUCCCAGCUGGAAGCAAUAGGGAAAUCCACAUCUCCGCAGCAGUCCUCUGUCCCAGAGUUUCGAGUUCGCCCCUCCAUUCCCUCACACCAAGGAGCUGCCCCAUUCUCCUCUGCUCCUCCCAUUUCGUUGUCCCCAGCUGCCAGUGAGCAGAGUGGUGGUCAGGGUAAUGGGCCACCCCUCCCAGGCCAACCAUUGUACCUUCGACGAAGGGCUGGUAAAGGUGAGAAGGAUGGAGAGGGUGUGAGGAGGGGUAGUGAAGGACUCCUGCGUCUUGUGAGGUCACACAGUGAGCCAGGCCUCGGCUCUUCGACUGAUACAGUUGACUUUGGCUCUGGAGGCAGCAAAGUAUCUAUGGACACAGGUCCGUCCUCUGAGGCAUGUCUGCUGCCCCGCACCUCUUUACCUCCUGCCACAGCUCUACCAAGGAAAGGCAGCGUGAAAUCAGCAGCCACAGGGUUGCAGGUCCCCUCCAAACCUCCCCCCACCUCUCCACUGCGUUUACCUAAAGACUGUCACCGUUCCCUAGGAGACCUUAAGGUGACUCGGGGUCUGGUGGCUCGCUUCCUGCAGCGCUCCAAACGCAACCUGUCACCCUCUUCCGAGCAUGCUGGGAGCACAGGGCAGGGGCCUAAGAGGAGGAGUGGAGUUGAGGGCGCUGCCACCAACCACCUGCCCUUGGAGCAAGUGUUGCUGACCCCUUGGAACGCCAGCCGAGGACACCCCGCCCAUCACCCUCAUCGCCGUGGACACCACCACUCCCAUAGUGACAGUCGACACAACAGGCACCACGGCGGUCGGGUGCCAGAGGGGAUCCACCUGCGCAGUUGUGGGGAUUUAAGUUCCUCAUCCUCAUUGUCACUACGUCGAUUAGUGACACCUCAUCCACCGCAUGGGUCAUCAGGCGCUCUCUACUCAGAGUCUGUGCUGUGAGGAGGGGAGGAAUAAGGGAGGGAUGGAGGAGGUUGACAAGGUUGUGAGGAAGACGGGGAUAGGAGGCUGAUUAAAAGGAGAGUCUGAGGCAGUGCAGUGGAGAUAUCUAUCGUCCCUCCUUUUCCUCUUUGUCACCUGCGUUUCCUGAAGCCAACUGUGCAAAUGGCCUUAUUCAGUGGUGCUCUUUAUCACUCUGAACAUCAGCCCAGAGCUCACGCUUCUCCACUCUUCAACAUCAGUGAAACAGUCACUAGAUGCUUAUUUCUGGUGGUUCGAACAUAAGAAAAAAAAAUCGGAGACAAACAACCAGAAGCAUCUUUUUCCCUCUCUCAAAACUCAUCUGAACACAUAUCUUCCUCAAGACUGGAGACCGAUCUCAACUGGCAUUCAUGCUACAACAACCACUUACUCACAUGUACAUUCAGUCUAAUUAUAAUAAUGAUUAUGGGUUGCAAUAUGCUUCUGGCCCUUUUGUACAUUGCUAUUCAUCCGCAGGAUCGCUCAGGUGAAGUGAUCACAGAAACCCUUAUUUUGUCUUCCAUUUAUAAAAGAAAAAAGCAUCUCAAUAAACAUAGCUAGCUGAGUCCAAUGUAAGAUAAACAGAUGAGGCUGCACACGGAAAAACCCUUAACUGAGUUGCUGAUUUUGUCUUCUUUUUUUUUCUUUUUUUUCAAUUCAGAUUCCCACUUUCUCCACGUUUUUCCACCUCCACACUGGCCUUCAAAAAAGAAAAGGCAGCCAGCAUUUUUAACACUGACAUUAAUGCACGCCACAGACACAUGCUCAGCCUUUGAAACGUAUUCCCUGUGGGUGGCCCCUGGACACGGUGGUUUGAUUUGCAUAUGUGCAUGUUUUGCUACAGCCUUCCAAAUACAACAGGAACCUUGUGCAUUCAAUCCUGACCGUCUGUGUAACUAAAUAACAUGUCCUCAGAAUGUCUUUAUCUGCAUGUUUUUGACAAUGCUUCUUACUUUUUUUCCUCUUGCACCCGAGACCUAUGAUAGUAGCCAUUUGAAAUGUGUUUGUGUUUAUAGGUAGCUGAAGGGGAAGGUCGAAGAUGCGCAGUGCUCCCAAAGUUUUAUGCCAGAUGGCUCCAAACAUGCCUCUGCAUCCUAAUUUGAGUUUGAGGUUUUGAACAUGUUUCAAGUGCACUGGCUUCAGCAGCCAGAUCCUGUACGAUAAGAGGUGUAAAUUGCACUGUGACUCUGAUGACGAGAAGAGUCUUUUGCAAUAAAUGUACAGAAAAAUUUGUCAUGAGGUUGGGCUCCACACAAUGUGUUGGAAUGGUUCUUUUGCAGGGGGUUGUGGAUGGGUGGUAAAUAAAAAACAAAAAAGACUUGAUGGAUCUGGCAGCUCUGGAUACUGGGUUUUGAAGUAUAUAAAUAUUUGUGUCAGAUUGGAGUUUUAUUCUUUGGAAAGUCUUUUUGGUGUGCUCACUAAGUGAUGAUAUUGACUCCAUAUCAGUAAAGGCACAUUUUGGAUACAGUCAUAUGUAUGUACCUAAUUUUAAUAAUGUACACGCAUACACACUUUGCCUGCACACAAACACAGGCACACCCAUACACUCCCUUAUUAAGGCACUGAGCUGUAUUUCUACCUCCUGUCUUGCAUAAAACAUUAUUUAUUUGAAGAAAUGUAUAUCUGUAUGGCAGGCUUAACAGAAUAGAGCCUUGAAAUCUGAAUAAUAAAUGUAACUAAAUAUGACACCUAAUCCAGAUUUUAAAUGCAGUGUCAAUGGCAAAACUUUCAAUGCAAGAUAUGUAUUUGAAAAUAUGAAAUAAAUGAUAG